GAAUAAUUUGAUGAAAUUAUCAUUAUGUUAUCAUAUAUCAGUUAAGAGACUAUCUCGUUGUAUUACUUAAUAUACAGUGGUGUUAUACGCAGUGAUUCAGCGCUUCCAAACGCUCCCGUGGUUUAGAAAUAAGAAAAAUGUUGCGGAAUUUAUUGAAAAGUGUAACAACACGAAAUCUCCGUUGUUCAAUUAAGAACAACGGUAUAACAUCGAAUUUCGUCAAUCAGAGGAGCAUAGCACCAUUAUCUACAACAGAAUUAGCUUUAAAGGAGGAGAAAGUAAAAGUCACGUUUGUUCUAUACGACGGGAAGAAAUUGGAAACGGAAGCUAAAGUUGGCGACACACUGUUGGAUGUUGUCGUCAAUAAUGACCUGAAUAUUGAAGGUUACGGAGCGUGUGAAGGCACCCUUACAUGUUCGACCUGCCACGUCGUUCUAAAGAAAGAGGAUUAUGAUAGAUUACCGGAGGAAGCUUGUGAUGAAGAGAGAGAUAUGCUGGAUCUGGCUUAUGGUUUAACAGACACAUCCAGACUCGGGUGCCAGAUCACGUUAACUAAAGAUCUGGACGGCUUAGAAGUCAAAGUACCAGAGACAAUCAACGACGCGAGAAGUUGAUGUACGCUGUCAGCUGUCAGCUGUCAAAUAGUCUAUGGAAUGAUGGUUUAGC